AUGACGAGGCAAAACCUGAUUCCAAGCGAAGAUGGUUCACGCAUGAUCCAUUCUUUGAUUCCAAUGUGGGACAUGUGCAAUCAUGAGAACGGGACAAUCACUACAGAUUUUAACCUGACGUCAGACUGUUGCGAAUGUUAUGCCCUGAAGGAAUUCAAGAAAGGAGAUCAAAUAUUUAUUAGUUAUGGAGUUAGGACGAAUUCCGAUUUUUUCGUACAUUCAGGAUUUGUUUACAUGGAUAACAAACAGGAUGCUAUAAAAUUAUGGAUCGGCCCGUUACUAAUGACCAGUACGGAUCCUUGUUUAAGAGAACGCGAGCAAUUGUUAAGAAAAUUACAUUUAACGGUGAUGAGUGAAUUUCUUGUAAACUCUGGAGUAGAACCAAUUCCUGGCUCAAUGUUGGCGUACCUCCGGUUAUUCCGUAUGCGUAAACCUGAACUAAUGCAUUGGCUUAAAUCGGAUCGUGUUAAUGAUUUAAAACAGUCCGAUUGCCCUUUAGAUACUGCCAUUAACGACAAAGUUAAAAAAACUCUGAUUUAUGUAUUGGAGAGUUUUAUUGCUAGAUAUCCAACAACUUUGCAGGAAGAUCUGCAACUGCUUGAAACUACGUUACCACAAUUUAAAAAAUUAGCCAUACAAUUGAGAGUAACGGAAAAGAGAAUUAUUUUUAAUGCGCUUGAAUAUGUGAGAACGAAUGAAAGUUAA